UUGAAAAGUGAUUUGUUUAGCUGGAGGAUGCUUGAAGAAUGAAGGGGCCUCUGGGUCUUUUUAGUUUCUGUAGGCAUCUGAUGGGAGGGAGCCCCGCACCAGUCCUCAGCAGGUCCUGAGAUGUCCUGCAAUGCUGCCCUCCUGGGUCUGGCACCUCAGCAGCUUCACCUCCCCACACCCUUCCUCCCGUGGGGAGACGCAUGGCACAAGGCCCUCUGAGAGGUCUUGGAUUGCAGCUUCAUCCGAGGGGAGGAUGGGUACAACGGUUCACCCGCCCGGAGUCUACCCACCUGUGCUGUGACUCGUCAGCAUUAUCCCAGCAGCGGCUGCAUCCUCAUGACUCUGGCGUGGGGGGCAAGGUGGAGGGGAGCUAUACACCAGAGAUGGUACAGUGCAGAGACAAGGGCAGGAGCGUUCUGCAGGACAAGGAGUGCCACCCACUGAAAGACUUUUCAAGACAAACACAACUGCACCUCUUCUGCCAGGUGCAAACCGAGGCACUUGAAAAUGACACGUUGUCCUCGUGGGUCCCUUUGAUUUUUGUACCUUUGACCUGAUAGAGAGCAACAGCUAGUAGAAAAAUGUGAAUAGUUGUAUAGAUUUCAUCCUAUAAGGUGGGCAUGAGCCUCAGUUCUCUUCCUCAGCUUUUAGAUCUUGCCAGACUUUGAUCUCUCACGCCACAACCCAAGGAAUGCGCUCCAAAAACACCUGUGCCAAAGGAAAGUCACUUGCUGCGGCAAGCAGAAGUCAAUCUUGCCUUCCUCCCUCCCUUUUUUCCUCCCCAUUUGACCUUUAGGGCUCUGGUUUCCUGCAAGUAGUGAAUUAUUCAAGUCUGCUCAUAGAUAUCAAGUGGGCCCUUUCCAGGCUGCCAGCAGGGUGGGGCAGCCAGGUGGCCUUGUUCAGUCUCGGAGGAGGAGGAGCAACCUCCUUGUUCAAACAACUCACACAGGUGGGUGCUUGUUUCUGCAAAGUCAUUCAGGGAGCGCUCAAGGCUCGCCGUGCGAUCGAUCCUGCCUGUCCUUUGCAGCUCCUCCUUCCUCCCCACCCUCUCCGAAGGCCUUUAAGUGGGCUCACGCCACCGCACACUCUGCUCUUCACCAUGGCCUACAUCGCCAAGUCCUUCUACGACCUCAGCGCCAUCAGUCUGGACGGAGAGAAGAUAGAUUUCAACACGUUCCGCGGCAGGGCGGUGCUGAUUGAGAAUGUGGCGUCCCUCUGAGGCACGACCACCCGGGACUUCACCCAGCUCAACGAGCUGCAGUGCCGCUUUCCCAGGCGCUUGGUGGUUCUUGGCUUCCCUUGCAACCAAUUUGGACAUCAGGAGAACUGUCAAAAUGAGGAGAUCCUGAACAGUCUCAAGUAUGUCCGCCCUGGGGGUGGAUUCCAGCCCACCUUUACUCUUGCCCAAAAGUGUGAGGUGAACGGGCAGAACGAGCACCCUGUCUUCGCCUACCUGAAGGACAAGCUCCCCUACCCUCACGAUGACCCGUUUUCCCUCAUGACGGAUCCCAAGCUCAUCAUGUGGAGUCCAGUGCGGCGCUCAGAUGUGUCCUGGAACUUCGAGAAGUUCCUCAUAGGACCAGAGGGGGAGCCCUUCCGACGCUACAGCCGCGCCUUUCACACCAUCAACAUUGAGCCUGACAUCAAGCGCCUCCUCAAAGUUGCCAUAUAGAUGUGAGCUGCUCGGCACAAGGACCUCCUCCGUCCAGUCCCUCGGUGUUCUCCCAGGAUGCAGUGCGCCCUCAGGGUGCCACUGGACCAAACUUUCCCUUGACCUCACCCCCUUCCCCCCAGAGCCUUACCCUUCCCAUCCCCGGCUUCCUUCUCCUCUCUCUCCUCUCUGGUUGGGAUUCACCUGGGGCUCUAGGUCAGGCUGGCUCUUGGCCUUCACAGAAUGACGGCACCUUCCUAAACGCUACGGGUGGUGUCCGAGAAGUGUGCAUGGCUGGAGCCUGCCUGCUAGCUGAGUCUAAUAAAGUGCAGGUGUGCAAACAA